AUGACGGAAAAACAUAUCUCCCAGCUGGCAUCAAAGGGUACAGAGAAUGGCGGCAUAGUGAAUAUCGUAUUGACUGCCCACGAUGUUAUGAUCGAAGGAUUCUGUAACACAGCAUGCGGGGCUCUCUCUGCACACAACCACUCAACUCAGUUAUGGCUGGGGAAUCCCGAGACACAGUGUCCCAAGAGAUGUUCCUCGCCGAUCCUGACGAAUUUGGCCAGCCUUUUGGCUGAGGCCGCCAGUCGUAAACCCGAAGACGCGUACACUCCUCGUCGUGAGACUGAUGUACGGGGAGAACUCUGCUUCUGUUUUGGGAAAAUUUUCUGUUGUGGCGGUGAUGAUGAAGACCACGCUAGCCGUGGCGGUCAUGGCGGUGGUGGCCCCCCUGGUGGUUCUGGUAGCUAA